AUGGACCUGGUGCUCUCCACCAAUUCCCGUGGUCAGCACAUCAUUGACCAGGUGCUCUCCACCAGUCCUCCCCAUAGUCAGCACAUGGACCUGGUGCUCUCCACCAGUCCUCUUCAUGGUCAACACAUGGAUCUGGUGCUAUCCACCAGUCCUCUUCAUGGUCAGCACAUGGACCUGGUGCUCUCCACCAGCUCCCUGCAGUUCUCUGGAGCUGAGGUUCAAGAUGUGGGAGACAUGAAAGAACCGGAGCUAGACCUCAGGCAGUCCACUCACGAGCCUGCCAUGUGCUCCUCAGUGUGGCAGUGUAGCCUGCUGCACCAGUAUGAGAACUUAGUUCUACAAUGGUGUGCAGGAGAAGAGAACUGGGUGGACAGUCGGACCAUCUAUGUGGGACACAAGGAACCCCCUCCAGGAGCUGAGGCCUACAUUCCACAGAGAUACCCCGACAACAGAAUUGUCUCCUCCAAGUACACAUUUUGGAACUUCAUUCCCAAGAACUUAUUUGAACAAUUCAGGAGAAUAGCCAACUUUUAUUUUCUCAUCAUCUUUCUCGUACAGUUGAUCAUCGACACCCCCACAAGUCCAGUGACCAGUGGGCUCCCUCUCUUCUUUGUCAUCACUGUCACCGCCAUCAAGCAGGGUUAUGAAGACUGGCUUCGUCACAAGGCAGAUAAUGCUAUGAACCAGUGUCCUGUACACUUCAUCCAGCACGGCAAGCUGGUUCGGAAGCAGAGCCGGAAGCUGAGGGUCGGGGACAUCGUCAUGGUCAAGGAGGAUGAGACCUUCCCCUGUGACUUGAUCUUCCUUUCCAGCAACCGAGCCGACGGGACCUGCCACGUCACCACCGCCAGCCUCGACGGAGAGUCCAGUCAUAAAACCCACUAUGCGGUGCCGGACACCAAGGGCUUCCACACAGAGGAAGAUGUCGACAGGCUGCAUGCCACCAUCGAGUGUGAGCAGCCGCAGCCCGACCUCUACAAGUUUGUGGGACGCAUCAAUGUUUACAAUGAGCAGCACGACCCUGUGGUGAGGCCACUGGGGUCAGAAAACUUGCUUCUCCGAGGAGCCACGCUCAAGAAUACGGAGAAGAUCUUCGGUGUGGCUAUCUAUACAGGCAUGGAGACCAAGAUGGCCUUGAACUAUCAGUCCAAGUCCCAGAAGCGCUCUGCUGUGGAAAAGUCAAUGAACGCCUUCCUCAUUGUGUACCUCUGCAUCCUGAUCAGCAAGGCCCUGGUCAACACUGUCCUGAAGUACGUGUGGCAGAGCGAGCCAUUCCGAGAUGAACCCUGGUACAACCAGAAAACCGAGUCCGAGAGACAGCGGAGUCUGUUCCUCAGGGCCUUCACCGACUUCCUGGCCUUCAUGGUCCUUUUCAACUACAUCAUCCCCGUGUCCAUGUACGUCACAGUCGAGAUGCAGAAGUUCCUGGGCUCCUACUUCAUCACCUGGGAUGAAGACAUGUUUGACGAGGAGAUGGGCGAGGGACCCCUGGUCAACACUUCUGACCUCAAUGAGGAGCUGGGGCAGGUGGAGUACAUCUUCACGGACAAGACAGGCACGCUCACGGAGAACAACAUGGCCUUCAGGGAGUGCUGCAUUGAAGGCCAUGUCUACGUGCCCCACGUCGUCUGCAAUGGGCAGGUCCUCCCCGACUCAGCCGGCAUCGACAUGAUCGACUCCUCCCCAGGAGUCAGCGGGAAGGAGCGGGAGGAGCUGUUUUUCCGGGCUCUCUGCCUCUGCCACACCGUCCAAGUGAAGGAAGAUGACCACGUGGACCUUGGGGAUGGCCCCGGGAAGUCACCAGACUCAGCCAAGUCCUGUGUGUACAUAUCUUCCUCGCCUGACGAGGUGGCGCUGGUUGAAGGUGUGCAGAGGCUUGGCUUCACGUACUUAAGGCUGAAAGAUAAUUUCAUGGAGAUACUAAACAGAGACAACGACCUGGAGAGAUUUGAAUUACUGGAAGUUCUCAGUUUUGACUCUGUGAGGAGGAGAAUGAGUGUAAUCGUAAAAUCUGCGGCAGGAGAAAUUUACCUGUUUUGUAAAGGAGCAGACUCUUCUAUAUUUCCCAGAGUCAUAGAGGGCAAAGUGGACCAGAUCCGCUCCAGAGUGGAGCGCAAUGCGGUGGAGGGACUCCGAACCCUGUGUGUGGCCUACAAACGGCUCGCUCCAGAGGAGUAUGAAGGUGCCUGCGCACUGCUGCAGGCUGCCAAGGUGGCCCUUCAAGACCGAGAGAAAAAGCUGGCAGAAGCCUACGAGCAGAUCGAGAAAGACCUUGUUCUGCUGGGUGCUACAGCUGUUGAGGACCGGCUCCAGGAGAAGGCUGCAGACACCAUCGAGGCUCUGCAGAAGGCUGGCAUCAAGGUCUGGGUGCUCACUGGGGACAAGAUGGAGACCGCCGCGGCCACCUGCUAUGCCUGCAAGCUGUUCCGGAGAGGCACACAGCUACUGGAGCUGACCACCAAGAGGAUGGAGGAGCAAAGCCUGCACGACGUGCUGUUUGAGCUGAGCAAGACAGUGCUGCGCUGCAGUGGGAGCCUGACCAGGGACACCUUCUCGGGACUUUCAACAGACAUGCAUGACUAUGGUUUAAUCAUUGAUGGAGCCGCACUGUCCUUAAUAAUGAAGCCACGAGAAGAUGGGAGUUCCAGCAACUACCGCGAGCUCUUCCUGGAGAUCUGCCGGAACUGCAGCGCUGUGCUGUGCUGCCGCAUGGCGCCCCUGCAGAAGGCCCAGAUUGUUAAGUUAAUCAAAUUUUCAAAAGAGCACCCUAUCACGUUAGCCAUUGGUGAUGGAGCAAAUGACGUCAGCAUGAUCCUGGAGGCCCACGUGGGUAUAGGCGUCAUUGGCAAGGAGGGCCGGCAGGCGGCAAGAAACAGCGACUAUGCAAUACCGAAGUUCAAACACUUGAAGAAGAUGCUCCUUGUUCACGGGCAUUUCUAUUACAUUAGAAUAUCUGAGCUUGUGCAGUACUUCUUUUAUAAGAAUGUCUGCUUCAUUUUUCCUCAGUUUUUAUACCAGUUCUUCUGUGGAUUCUCACAGCAGACUUUGUACGAUACUGCGUAUCUGACUCUCUACAAUAUCAGCUUCACUUCCCUGCCCAUUCUUCUGUACAGCCUGAUGGAGCAACAUGUCAGCAUGGAUGUGCUGAAGAGAGACCCAACCCUGUACAGAGACAUCGCCAAGAACGCACUGCUCCGCUGGCGGGUGUUCAUUUACUGGACAUUCCUAGGAGUAUUUGAUGCGUUGGUAUUUUUCUUUGGUGCUUAUUUCAUGUUUGAAAACACUCCAGUGACCAGCAACGGACAGAUGUUUGGGAACUGGACCUUCGGGACCCUGGUGUUCACCGUGAUGGUGUUCACUGUUACUCUGAAGCUGGCACUGGACACGCACUACUGGACCUGGAUCAACCACUUUGUCAUCUGGGGGUCACUGCUGUUCUACAUCGUCUUCUCCUUGCUCUGGGGAGGGAUCAUUUGGCCUUUCCUUAGCUACCAAAGGAUGUACUAUGUGUUCAUACACAUGCUGUCCAGCGGGCCCUCCUGGCUGGCCAUCGUACUGCUCAUCAUCGUCAGCCUCCUCCCGGAUGUGCUGAAGAAGGUCCUGUGCAGGCAGCUGUGGCCCACAGCAACUGAGAAAACCCAGAACGUGCAGUUCCAGAACCAUGUCUCAGAAUUCACCCCUCUUACCUCUUUGCAGAGCCCCAGCUCUCAGCACCCUGGGUGCGUGGUCACCCCACGUGGCUCUUUCCCUAGGCCCGUGACCUGUGUGUUCUGGAGGAGCGAGGAGUACUCUGCUCUCUCGCCCUUCCCAGGCCUCCCAGCCCACUGCAGAUCCAGUGUGAGGCUUGGCUGCUGGGGGUCCGACCUGGAGACCCCACGCAAUGGCCCCGGACCCUAAGAAUACCCCAGGGGCAUAGUGCAGACUGCAUGCUGGCGUGGAGCACUGCAGUCUGUGUCCUGGGCCUGGUGGCUCUGCAUCCUGUGGACUGUGAAAAGGGACCCUUGCCCUGGUUCUGUCUUGUGUCCUGCUGCACAAGGCUGACCCUGCUUGGGUGUCUACCCUCCUGUCACUGUCGUUGUCUGCUGUCCCUUGAAGAACCGUCCACUGGUCUGUGGCCCUGUGGGUCCAUGUCCGCCCUGCAAUCAUGUCCUGCUGCUCCACACUGGCCAUUCUCCUGAGAACUCUGUCCUUCUCCCGUGGGAAGUGGCCAUGCCAAGCAUGGCUGGUGGUGUCUGCGCUUGACCCACAGCCCUGUGGUGCCCACACCCAAGUCUAAGUGAUUUCUCCAGCUGUGUCCAAUUUGUGUCUAAGCAGCGGCUCAAGGCCAGGACUUCAUUCCCCAGCACUGGCUGCUCUGGAGGAGGACCUUGUGGGGGGACAGGCCGCACAGCCAGACCAGCCCCUCAAAAGCAUUGCAGCAGCCACCUGCUGCUCACCGGGGUGACAGGUUCGGUGUGCCUGUUUGCAAAACUGGGUGAUGGAGGAGUGGCUUGGGCACCUGGGAAGACCUGCCCUCAGCUGGGGUGAGCCUGGCCCCCGAAGCCUGUCCCAACCCCAUGUGGCCCUCUGGUCCUGGCAGCAGCGCCCUGCUCAGCACGUCCCAUGCCAGCGUGCCAGUGUGCCACCCGCCACUCCCUCCUUGCAAGCCCUCCUGUGCCCGAGGAUUCCGUCCAGGGUUUUUUUGGGUGAAUGGGCAAUCAGAAUGCUGCUGGACUGCGGAGUUCCUGUUACUUCCAACACCAUGAUUUCUACUUAUAGAAGAAUAUGCAAUUAGCCUUAAUGUUCUUAACUUAGAGAAGGUUUCAGUGUGAGGCUCAAGCCUCAGACGUGAAUUAGAAGGCCUUAGCCCAGGGCAGCUGCAACUGGCCGUGCAGCAGCUGGCAGGGGUGGUGAUGGCGUCGUGGCUCCAUCUCCGCUCGAGAGCUGGUACUCGGGACUGCAGAUGCGACUUGUGUG